AUAUCCAGCAGCCGCAAUAUCAGGCUGCUGCUUGUGUUGCCUUGACAUUGCAUAUUUACAGACUGAUGGCGCGCCUCCGCCGCCAACGGCACUGCAGCAGCCGCGGCGGCAGCGGUGACGGUGAUGGGUCCGCGCCGCCACCACCUCCACAAAGCCAGUCCCGGAGCCCAACCGAACCACGAGCAGCAGCGACAAAGCGGUCGCCUGCAGCUGCUGUCGCUUCCGCGGCACCACUGCUGCUACUGCUGCUGCAGCUGCUCGCACGUGGGUCCGCCGCGGCGGCGAUCCCUGCUGCCUCGGCGCCUGGCCGUCGGCUGGCUCAGGCAACAGCGGGAGGCGGCUGGCAGGGAGGCCUGCUUGGGCGAUGGAUGGCAGCUGCGGGGGCGGAUGGCGGCGGCGAGGCGCAGCAGCAGCAGCCGCAACAGCCUGCACGUGAGCCCACGGACCGUCUGCCGCCAGUGCCUGCAGUCAAGCCACGCGACACGUGCGUGUGCGCAUUUGACUUUGAUGGAGUGCUGCGGGCGGCGCCGCCGGGGGCACGCGACCAGGACGUGCCCGCGCCUGACGCCAAACGGGUGGUGCAGGGGUGCAAGGACGCCGGCUAUGAGAUAGCCAUCGCAUCUGCAAACGACGAAAUUGACAAAAUGAAGAAGGUUCUGGGCCAGCGUCUGGAUCCCGCCGUGUUCACGGAAGCAUUCUUUGACUCCUCAGCCUUCCAGAUGCAUUACGACGACAAGUCCAUUACACUGAACAACAUCAUCAAAUACUACGACACCCAGCCCGGCUGCGUAAUGCUGUUCGACGACCAGGAGUGGAACAAGGCCUACGCCACCGACCAGGGAGUGCUCAUGAUCAUGACACCCACCAACGCCGGCAUUCGGUAUGCCGACUUCACCCGGGGUGCGGCCGAGCUACAGCGCUACUGCGACUGCGCCACACCCGCGGAGCGCUCCUACUCGGCCUUCAGCUACGCGCCGCCGGACCGGUCCUACCUUCCGGCUCUGGAGGCAGCCAAGGCGGGGAACAGGAGGAAGCGCUGAGUGGGCCGCUGGCUGCCUGGCUCAUGCGCUGCGACGCGGGCUGAGCGGCCUAAGCCUCCCAGACGUUGUUGGUACCGUAUUGUGGACAUUGCGGUCGGUCCCGAGUGUCGAUCCAAAAGCUGCUAUCUAGGGUAUACGUGGCGACGUGCAGAAAUUCUGUACAGCUGGCAGUGGUGUCGCCGCGUUGGUUGCAGCCGAGCGUGAGCGGUUGACGGCAAACUGGAGGCUUGCGCUGAGACUGGGGUUCGCAACUGUGCUUACUAGUGAGUAGUGUUCCAGAGGAGGCGCUGGGAGGCACGAGUGGAUGAUGCUGUGGAUGGCGCAAGGCGGUAGAGGA